AUGGCAGACGUGAACCCGAGCGUGAAUCCUGCGUUCAACCCCGACACCGCCUUGCUGGGACGGCUACGAAGCGACCCCUCGAGCUGGGAGGAACUCGUAUCAUUUUCUCCCAUCGAUUCCUCUGACGCUGAAUCCGACUCCAAUCUUUCCAAUCGCAUGCAAGCAAUGCUCGCGCUACAUGCUGACCACUUUCAUUGCCCAGACCCUGAGCUGGGUCCCCCGCGCGAAGACGAGGCCCUGGUGGCGUACCUGCUCAGCCAGGAGAUCCGUUUGCACCAACAUUUUGACGGUAUGCGCCCCGCGCUCAACCUGGCAUGCUUUCUGAUGGCGCGGUACCGCAAACCUGCAUACGUUUGGGCGGUGUGGGCGGCGAAGAACUCGGGCCCGUAUGACGUGUUUGUCUGCGUCGACAUCCUUUACCUCUACUACACGGCGGGCGGGGUGAACGCAGCCAGGAAGUACGUCGAAGCGUGUACGCUGGAAGAUGUGUUGGAGGGUGCGCAACAGGGAGGUGCAUGGGAGGGUUGGUGGAGUCAUACCGUCGACGCUCAUGGCGGGGAUGUGGCAGAGGCAUUUCGUGUUGAGCAGACUUCAUUGUUACAGCGGAUCGACCGGGAUCGGCGGACACUAUCGGACGAGCAUGUCGUACGGUUUAUCUCCUCGCCUUUGAGGACAGACACUAAAAAAUGGGCUGCUUUGUUGUUGUGA